CGUGCCCCACUCUCUGCAUCCUUCCCCUCUGUGGUACCUUACCACACGGGUUGGAACAUUUCACCAGAGGAAGGGGCCAUGAGCCUAGAGAAGGCCUUAGCAGAUGGGAAGUUGCUGGAGGUGAUCUCUAUGGUUAGGGAGACUAUGAAGACAGCAUCCAGCACCCCAGUGAACAUUGCUGUGACAGGGAACUCUGGCAAUGGCAUGUCUACUUUCAUCAAUGCUCUGCGGGGCAUUGGGCAUGAGGAAGAGGACUCAGCUCCCACUGGGUUGGUGAGAACCACCCAAACACGUGGCUCCUACUUGUUCUCCUGUUUUCCAAAUGUGGUACUCUGGGACCUUCCUGGCAUGGGGACUUUAUCCCAGAGCCUAGAGGACUAUGUGUUGGAAAUGGAGUUCAGCCAGUAUGACCUCUUCAUCAUUAUUGCAUCUGAACAGUUCAGCAUGAAUCAUGUGAUGCUUGCCAAGACCAUGAAGAGGAUGGGAAAGAAAUUUUAUAUUGUUUGGACCAAACUGGACAGGGACCUCAGCACAAGUCACUUCAGGGAGGGACAUCUCUUGAAAAAUAUCCAAGAAAGUAUCCUGGAAAAUCUCCAGAAGGAGCAGGUAGAUGAACCCCCCAUAUUCCUGGUUUCCAGCCUCGAUCCUUUAUUGUAUGACUUCCAAAAGCUUAGGGACACAUUGCAAAUGGACAUCAGCCAUAUAAAAUACAAUGGUCCUCUUCAGAUGCUGUCCUACACCUGUGAGAAGGUCAUUAAUGACAAAGUGAUCUCCCUGAAGAAGAAAAUGGCCACACACUCUUUACAGGACACCGUUGGCAUCUGGGAUCCAGAUGAUUCGAUGGAAUCUUUGAACACCUACAGAAUGCUGUUUGGUGUAGGUGAUGAAUCUGUAGAGCAGAUGGCACAAAGAAUGAAAACAGCCACUGUGCACUAUAUGGCCCUCAUCAAAUCCCAGAAUCUGCAGACUCUCAGAAGAAGUGAUUGUAAACUAAGGUUCUUGACUUGUAGAGUCUUUAAGGCAUUCCUCAACUUUCUUCGCUACACCCCACUCUUAGGUAACCCUGUCAUUCGCUACUUCAGAUUGAUGAAACACAAAUGCAUCCUUGAGUUAGUUGCCAAGGACACCAAGACCAUUCUGGGGAAAGUCCUGAAAGACUCCAUCCCAGACUGA